AUGCCUGCCAAGAAAGCUGACAGCUCCGACUCGCCCUCCGUCACCACUGGUCUGCGUGAGAACGAGCUUCGAUUCAUCAAGGCUGUAUUUGACAACAUGACCCAGAAGCCUGACGCCGACUGGGGCAAGGUUGCUGGUGACUUGGGUCUCAAAGACGCCAAAUGUGCCAAAGAACGCUUCCGACAGAUGUCUGUCCGCCACGGCUGGCGUACCGGUGCCCCCAACGGUAGCCCCAGCAAGGGAAAGAAGAAUGACGUGACUGGUCCCUCUGGUGAUGGCAAGGUGACCAAGAAGCCGAAGGCUAGAACCCCCAAAAAGGCUGUGGCUAAGAAGGAGGAGAGCGAGGACGAUGAUAUUAAGGAUGAGGACGACUAUCUUAAGUCGGAGGAAAUUGAGGGGGAUGCCUAUUUCUGA